CUCAAGGCGCUUCCUCCACGUCCCUCAACUCGAGGGGGAGCUAGCUAGGGAGCUAGCGCGGCGCGGCAAGGCCCGCCCACCACGCGCUGCUCAACUAAUGUCCAGUGACGAGGAGGACGAGGGCGUCUACGCGGGCGUGACGCUGCCGCAGCUGGGCGGCGGCGGCGCGGGCCCGCCGCCGAGCGACGACGAGGACGACGACGAGCCCUCCGGCGAGGCGGGGGCGCCGGGCGAGAGCGGCAGCGACGACGACGCGGGGGCGAGCGGGCUGCUGGGGGCGGAGGCGGCCUUCGACGUGGACGGCAGCGCCUACGAGCUCAACCCGUUCCGCGCGGCCGGGCCCGUGGACCAGCCCGACCUGCCCACGGACCAGGGCGGCGGCAAGGGCGGCAAGGGCGGCAAGGGCGGCAAGGGCGCCUCGACGAGGACGCUCUUCAUCGGCGGCGUGCCGCGGGGGACCAAGGACGCGGAGCUGCUCAAGGCGUUCGUGCGCUACGGCAAGGUGCAGGAGGCGUCGGUGGCGCGCGUCGACGGCCAGAUGAACAAGACGCGCGGGUUUGGCUUUGUGACGUUUGUGAGCCACAAGGGGCUCAACUAUUGCCUGCAGUCGCUGGGCGAGCCGCCUCAGGUGGAGCUCGGCGGGCGCGCGUGCUCCGUCCGCCGGUCGGAGAAGCGCGGCGUCGACCUGGGCGGCGGGACCGCCUACAAGCUGCCGGCGCGCGGCUCGUUUGACCCGCGGCCGAGGGCGGAGGAGAAGAAGGGCGGAGGCAAGCGGCCGAGCGAGUGGGAGCGGCCGGGCGAGCUGGCGGCGGGCGGCGACGAUGACGGCCUCGGCCUCGAGCCGCCAAGCUUCGAGGGCGGCGACGGCUACGGCGGCGGCGGCGGCGGCGGCGCGCGCAAAAAGGCGCGCGGCGGCAGCAAGGGCAAGGGCGAGAUUGUGACGGUGACGCGGCGCGAGGACGCGGAGCCGCUGUACAACAAGGCGCUCACGAUGAAGGAGCUCUUCCCCAAGGAGUUCUGGAAGAUAUGAUCUCAGCUACAGCCGACGCGGCGGCGUCGGCCGACGGCACAGCCUCGGCUCUGGCCGCGUCUAGACGCCACCGCCACGAGGCCACGACACCUCGACGUCGACCGGGGGGCACGGAAGGUUGAAUUGAUUCAUGAUUGGAGGGGAAGGUUCGAAGGACGGAAGAGGUUUGAAUCGACAACAAGAUAGGGC